AAAUGAUCGAUCAUUUUUCUCCAUUUUAUAAUCCUCAUCCAUCACCAACGAUUUUAAAAGUGAAUUUAUUUGACAAAGUUUUUUUCUCAUUGAUUGACAAACCAUAUUUCAAAAAAUGAAAUUUACAAAUUCCGCUGCGAUCCUUAUCGCAAUGAUUAUUGCGGUAAUGGUCGCCGCAUCCGAUUGUUCAAUUUUACGUGAUAUGCUAUUAAAUCGACGUAGUCGUGAUGCAGCCGAUAAUGAUGAAGAACAUAAUGUUGGUAGUGGUGUGAUGGACGUGUUUGGUGCAUUCGUCGAAGAUGUGGGAUUGAAAAGCGUUUUCCGUGAUGUUCAAAUGCGAAUGCUUGGUGCAUCCGAAGCUUUGUUGGAGCAAUCAACAAAUAUUUAUGAUAAUUUCCAAGAUACUUUGGCUAAAACCAGAUCCGGACAUGAUGAACGAGCUUCGGAAUUUCGUAAAGCAUUACGCUAUCUGCAAACAGAAGCCCGUAGACGACGUGAAGAUUUAGAAGAUGAAAUUGAAGUUGAAAAAGAAAAAGCAGCUGAAGCUGAAACACCCGAAGAGAAAAAAGAAUCCGGACGAAAAUUGAAAAAAUUAAAUGCCGCAUUGAAACAAAUGGAUGAAGUUGCCAAAACACGUAUCAGUUCGAUUCGUGAUCGAAUCCAACGAAGACAUUCGAAUCGUAAAUCAAUUUUGAAGAAUUUAAGAAAACCUUCCACAGAAGACGCUGAAAAAGAAGUGGAAAAAGAAUCGGUCAAAAGCGAAAAGGAAGAAGUUGAUGAUGAAACAAGUCGACCAAAACGUGAUGCAAAAGAUAAAAAGAAGAAAAAGAAAUCAUCAUCGUCGUCGUCGUCGACAACAGCCAGACCAUCAAGCCAAAGUAGCAAAAGGAAAAAUAAAACUAAAGAAAUCAAUGCUGAUGGUGUACAAAGUGCUGGUGAUGGAUUCGGUGAUCAUUAAUUGAAUCAACAUUGCAACAACAAAAAAAUGUUCAUUUUUCUUUCUGAACAACGAACGAAAGAAAUUUUGUAACAAUUUUUAUUGAAUAAAAUAACUAAACAAAAAGAUUCGAAAUAAAAUCAAUGAGAAUUUUCUCCCGUUCUAGCAAACA